CCGACAUUUGUCCAUGGCCCAUGGCCCGCUGACGUCUGCGAGAGCCUUUUAUCUCGAGCUAGUUGCCUAGGUAAUGGACGAGAGCCUCUCUAGUCUUGAAGAGCAGGCGCGCUCGAUCGAGAGGACAAUCCCUUCCAAAUCCACCGGCAAGGCGGUCCUAGAUGCCACCAUCAAGACUGCUGAGUUGUACUUCCAGGCUCUUCACCUCGCUGACAAACCUUCAGACAAGCAGAGGCUGGAUGCCAGGUUCAACGAACUCCUAGCGCGGGCCGAGCGGCUCAAAGCAGCCCAGAAUGAACAGCAAAGACCGGUCCCUACGGCAGCGUCAAGAGAUGUCCUCAAACCACCUAUCUCGAAACGCGAGCUCACCACGAGAGAAAAAAUCAUACUUCUAGAGGGCGGUAGAUUAAAUGGUUUCAAGUUCAACCCAUGGACGGCUCCACCAUCCUCGGAGGAAUUUGCGCUUCGUGAUGGCGGCCUUUUAUUCACAGACUCGAGCUCCCUGCCUCUAUCUCCGGGCCAGCUUGAAUCAUUUGAUGGUUGGAAACGACCGCAGCAAGCACUUCCGUCUGUUCACAGUGACCCCAAUGGCCAAAAUGGUGCCGGCGGGGCUGUCAUGUAUUUGCCCGAGCCUAUAGACCUCGUGCAGGAUAUGACAUCGGACUGUUCUGUGGUUGCAAGCCUUUGUGCUCUGACCUCCAGGGUAGAACGGGGAUUUCCAAAGAUCUUGCGGACCGUAGUACAUCCUUUCAACUACGAAACCGAUCGAAUGAUACUGUCGCCUAACGGAAAAUACAUUCUCAGGUUGUAUUUUAAUGGUUGCUGGAGAAGGGUGGAGAUUGACGAUUAUCUGCCUUCCUCCAAGACUAGCCGAGUACUGCAUGUGAUUGACCGCCGUCAUCCCCGAUUACUAUGGCCGGCCCUGGUUGAGAAAGCAUAUCUAAAGGUUCGCGGUGGCUACGACUUUCCUGGGAGCAACUCUGGUACGGAUCUCGCCAUUCUGACCGGAUGGAUUCCUCAACAAGUCUUUCUUCACGACGAGGAGGUUGAACCUGAUCAUCUCUGGGAGGAGAUCAUUACCCAGUUUCGAAGAGGAAAUGUUCUCGUCACUAUUGGAACCGGCAAAUUGCCUCGUCGUGAGCAAAAGCACCUCGGUCUUGCAGCAGAGCAUGACUACGCGGUCCUGGACAUGUCUACUAAUGGUCAUACCAAAGAAAUGCUUGUCAAAAACCCCUGGGCUGAUGGAGAUGUAUGGCGGGGGGCAGCAAGACGUCGACCGAAUCGGAACGACGAAGGAUCCUCGGUCGAUACGCCCGAAAACGAAGAGAUGAUGCCAGGCACUUUUUGGAUGGAUUUCAACAGUGUUUUUCAGUACUUUGAGAAUAUGUAUCUCAAUUGGAAUCCUGGAUUGUUUUCUUACCGAGAAGACCUCCAUUUCUCCUGGGACCAUGCUAAUGCUAUCACCAAUGCCAAUUUAAUUGUCGACAAUCCCCAGUUUGCAGUCACAAUUUCCGCUACAGGCGACGUCUGGUUGCUGCUGCAGCGGCAUUUUCGAACAGGAGACUACACGCAAGAGACUACAAGAGAAAAUGGAUAUGUCGGCCUAUACUUGUAUGCCUGUGACGGCAAUAAGGUCAUCUCGAGCGAAGGCGCAAAGAUACGAGGGCCACUCGUGGACUCUCCCAACACCUUGUUAAGGUUUAAAGCUACGGCUCAAUCGUGCUACACCGCAGUUCUUGUGUCACAGGAUCUACCUCCAGGGAAAAUGAACUUUACAAUCUCGGCCUUGUCAAAAGAUCCGGUGGCGCUAUCAGAAGCACGGCUGCCAUAUUCUCAGAAAUCCAGCCUCAGCUGCGCCUGGACCAGAGCGAAUGCCGGAGGAAAUUCGGACUCAGCGAACUACCUAUCCAAUCCCCAAUUUCGAAUGUCGCUGUCUACUGCGCAGAGGAUUGCAUUAGUUCUCAGAACUGUCGAAUCGGUCAAGCCUGCCGCUGCAGCAAAAGCUGAUACCAACGUGAAAAUCCUGGUGCUCUUUAGCAGCGGGUCAAGGAUUACCCGACUUCGCCCGCGGGAUGUCCUUGCGCACUCGGGAGACUACCGACGGGGGAGUGCUGUUGUCGAAACCAAGCUAGGGCCUGGGAACUAUACCAUCAUCUGCUCUACAUUCGAUCAAGGCCAGUGUUCGGAUUUCAGUCUCGACCUGUACUACUCCUCCUCAGCCGGCGAGGGUGCAAUUUUUUGUCAGCUGCCAGCCGAAGGUGCGGGCCGCUUGAGCAUCAAGAGUCCCCCGGCAGUGUUCCGGAAUGGCACAAAUCGCUUGCUCGCGCCUCUUACGGUUUUGCGGCUGUCGCGGGUUUCGUUUGUCGCGCGAUACGAAACUGUUACCACUGCGCAAGCGAAUUCCUCCCUCUUCAAGAUGACACUAGAGCGAGGUCAAGGGCCAUACAAGGAGAUUCUUGCGACCAGCGAGAUCGACAACGAGGAAUUCAGUAGUGUCUCGUCAGGCCUUCGGAUUGUCGAUAUUGACCUGCAACCGUCGCUUUGCGUGCCCGGCACUAGUGGUCUGUGGCUUGUUCUAGAGCGGUUGGCGCAGGGUGGUCAGGGUGGUGAGGACGAUGGGGUCGCGAGAAACAACGAUGAGAUUUUAAGAGUAGAGAUGUUUGCAGAUGAGAGGGUCGAGCUGGGCCCUUGGGGCCUGGGGGACGGUUGAUCCGGGACGCAAUUCAUGAAGGGAAUGGCAUAGCGAAUGGCGAUGGGGCGGGUCUGGAAAGAAUCGUUAGCACAACCAAGAUAUUGGCAGCAAAGGGCAGACGGCCAUCUGCUCUAUUCAAUCUACAAUUUUGCUCCUCAA